UUUUCCGAUUUGCAACAAGAACAUGGGAGCGCGGUCGAUCUGGAAGGGUCUGCUGGUGCUUGCCGCUGUCCUAUGCGCCAUGAGCAUGCAAGCUUCCGAGGCCCAUGGGGCCAAGGUAGACGGCCUCGUCGAGACGAGCCUGGGCGUCGACCAGCUGGACGGAGCGCUCCUCAACGGCGACAAGUUCCAAUUCCAGGCCGAGGUCAGCCGCCUCAUGGACAUCAUCAUCAACUCGCUGUACAAGAGCAAGGAAAUCUUCCUGCGCGAACUCAUCUCGAACGCGUCGGACGCCCUCGACAAGCUGCGCUUCCUCGCGCUCUCGGACAACGGUCUCCUCGGCGAGAAGAAGGAGCUCGAGAUCCGCAUCUCGUACGACAAGGAUGCCAAGACGCUUACGAUCCGCGACACGGGCAUCGGCAUGACCAAGGACGACUUGAUCAAGAACCUUGGGACCGUGGCCAAGAGCGGGACGGCCAACUUUGUGCAAAUGAUGCAGAACGGCGCGGACGCGACGAUGAUCGGCCAGUUUGGCGUCGGCUUCUACUCGGUCUACCUUGUCUCGGACAAGGUCCGCGUCGUCUCCAAGAACAAUGACGACGAGCAGUACAUUUGGGAGUCGAACGCGAACGCGAGCUUCACGGUCACCAAGGACCCGCGCGGCAACACGCUCGGCCGCGGGACUGAGAUCACGCUCUUCCUCAAAAAAGACGCGAUGGAGUUCCAGGAUCAGGCCAAGCUCAAGCAACUGGUGUCGCACUACAGCGAGUUCAUCAACUUUCCGAUCUACGUGCACACGAGCCACGAAGAGACAGUCGAAGUUGACGACGACGACGAAGACGAGUACGAAGAGGUCGAGGAGACAGACGACGCGUCGGCCGAGACCGAGGAUGAGUCGGAGGAGCUCGAGGCCGAGGAGGAGCCAGCGGUCGCGCCGGAGAAGAAGACGGAGAAGAAGACGGUGUGGGAGUGGGACCGCGUCAACGAAGUCAAGGCUAUCUGGACGCGCAACAAGGAAGACGUCGAGGACAAGGAGUACCAGAACUUCUUCAAGGCCAUCGGCAAGGACGCCAACGACCCGCUGACGUGGAUCCACUUUGUCGCGGAGGGCGAGAUCGAGUUCAAGAGCAUCAUGUACAUCCCGUCCAAGGCCCCGCACGACCUCUACCAGCGCUUCGAGCACAAACGCGCCGACGUCAAGCUCUACGUGCGCAAGGUGCUCAUCUCGGACUCGUUUGACGAGUUUCUGCCCAAGUACCUUAACUUUAUCGUCGGCGUCGUCGACUCGGACGACCUCCCGAUCAACGUCUCGCGCGAGACGCUCCAGGAGAACAAGAUUCUUCGCGUCAUGCGCAAGAAGCUCAUCCGCAAGGUGCUCGAGAUGCUCCGGAAGCUCAGCGAGAACGACACGUCUGACGACGACGACGACGAGCCCAAGUCGGACGAGGCCAAGGACGACGCGCCGGCAGCGGCCGACAGCGCCACGUACCUCCAGUUUUGGGAAAACUUUGGCAAGAACAUCAAGAUCGGCAUCAUGGACGACGCUGCCAACAAGCCCAAGCUGCUGAAGCUUCUUCGCUUCAAGUCGUCGCUGCACCCUGACAAGUACAUUAGCCUUCCCGCGUACGUGAGCCGCAUGGCCUCGUGGCAGGACAUGAUCUACUACAUUGCGGGCGAGUCGGUCGAAGCCGUCGAGAAAAGUCCGUUUCUGCAAGCGUGCAAGGCCAAGGGCGUCGAGGUCCUGUACCUCGUGGACCCGCUCGACGAGUACGUCAUGCAGCACAUCCCCGACUUUGACGGCAAGAAGAUGCAGUCGAUCACCAAGGAAGGACUCAAGUUUGGCGACGACGACGAAGCGACGCUCACACGCCGCCACAAGCUCUACACGGAGCAGUACGAAUCGCUCAUCUCGGGCCUCAAGGACCUCUACGGCGCCAAAAUCUCCAAAAUCACCAUCUCCAAGGCCGGCCUCGACACGCCGGCGGUCAUGGUCACGUCGCAGUGGGGCCACUCGGCCAACAUGGAGCGCAUCAUGAAGGCGCAGACGUUUGCCAACCCCGCAGCGGCCAACCCAAUGGCGCAAAAGAUCCUCGAGCUCAACCCGCGCCACCCGAUUGUCGUUAAGCUCCGCGACCUCUUUAACACGGCGGGCGAGGCGACCGAGACUAAGGACCUCGCGUGGCUUCUCUACGACGCGGCGCUGACCAACUCGGGCUUUGCCAUGGACGACGUCGACCACUUCUCGUCGCGCGUGUACCGCAUCAUGAAGUCGAGCAUGCAGCUCGACACGCUCGAACUCGAGCCCGAGAUGGAACUGCCGGCGAUCGUCAACGAAGAGAUGAAAGACGACGAAGACGACGACGCUGCCGAGGACGAGCACGUGCUCUUGGACGACGACAGCGGUACAACCGACGACGAGCCUGCAGCCACCGAGUCGGAUGAGGAGGACGUUGAGACGGACGUCAAGGACGAGCUGUAGGCUACUUGGAGCUGGAUGCACCCACGACGCGACCGUUGUACAUACUACACUGUGUAUGGGAAUCGAAUAUACUGAUAUUUUGGAUACGCGC